AUGGAUCUCCGAGGGCUGUGCCUGCCCUUGGACAAGGACCCAAUGCCCAACCCCAGGCCAGCCAAGCCCUUGGCCCCUUCCUUGGUGCUCAGCCCAUCCCCAGGAGCCUCGCCCAGCUGGAGGGCUGCACCCAAGGCCUCAGACCAGCUGGGCACCAAGAGCCCUGGGACAACUUUCCAAGGCCGGGAUCUCCGAAGCGGGGCCCACACCUCCUCUUCCUCCUUGAACCCCAUGCCACCAUCGCAGCUGCAGAUGCCCACAGUACCCCUUGUCAUGGUGGCACCCUCCGGAGCUCGGCUGGGUCCCUCGCCCCACUUGCAGGCGCUCCUCCAGGACAGGCCACACUUCGUGCACCAGCUCUCAACAGUGGACACCCAUGCCCGGACUCCUGUGCUGCAGGUGCGCCCACUGGACAGCCCAGCUAUGAUCAGCCUCCCGCCACCCACUGCUGCUACGGGGCUCUUCUCUCUCAAGGCCCGGCCUGGCCUGCCACCUGGGAUCAACGUGGCCAGCCUGGAGUGGGUGUCCAGGGAGCCAGCACUGCUCUGCACCUUCCCAAGCCCCGGCAUGCCUAGGAAAGACAGGUCAGUGAGCAGGGCUGGGAAGGCUCCCUGCCCUGCCACCCCUGCCCCUGACACUCUUUGUCCCCCCAGCACCCUUUCGACUGUGCCCCAGGGCUCCUACUCACUGCUGGCAAAUGGUGUCUGCAAGUGGCCCGGAUGUGAGAAGGUCUUCAAGGAACCAGAGGACUUCCUCAAGCACUGCCAGGCAGACCAUCUCCUGGAUGAGAAGGGCAGGGCGCAGUGUCUGCUCCAGAGGGAGGUGGUGCAAUCUCUGGAGCAACAGCUGGUGCUGGAGAAGGAGAAGCUGGGUGCUAUGCAGGCCCAUCUGGCCGGGAAGAUGGCCCCAACCAAGGCUCCAUCUGCGGCAUCAUCUGACAAGGGCUCCUGCUGUAUCGUAGCCACUGGCACUCCAGGCACCACCGUCCCGGCCUGGCCAGGACCCCAGGAGGCCCCCGAUGGCCUGUUUGCCGUGCGGAGGCACCUCUGGGGCAGCCAUGGAAACGGCACAUUCCCAGAGUUCUUCCACAACAUGGACUACUUCAAGUUCCACAACAUGCGGCCCCCUUUCACCUAUGCCACCCUCAUCCGCUGGGCCAUCCUGGAGGCUCCUGAGAAGCAGCGGACACUCAACGAGAUCUAUCACUGGUUUACACGCAUGUUUGCCUUCUUCAGAAACCACCCGGCCACCUGGAAGAAUGCCAUCCGCCACAACCUGAGCCUGCACAAGUGCUUCGUACGUGUGGAGAGUGAGAAGGGGGCUGUGUGGACCGUGGAUGAGUUUGAGUUCCGCAAGAAGAGGAGCCAGAGGCCCAGCAGGUGUUCCAACCCCACACCUGGCCCCUGA